AUGUAUUUAAAUUUGAUUCUUAUUUCUCUAAUCUCAACUAUCAUCCAGUCUUCAACCUCUGAAAUAAUAUCUACUUCAUAUGGAAAACUGAAAGGAAAGCAGAUUGGGGAAUACCAUUUAUUUAAACAUGUUCCAUUUGCAAAACCUCCAGUUGGAACGUUGAGAUUUCAAAAAGCAGAAACUCCUGAAAAAUGGGAAGGUGUUAGAGAUGCAAGAGAAUACGGACCAGCAUGCAUGUCAAAUUCAACGAUAUCCAAAAGUCCUCAAAAAUGGGUUGACGAAGAUUGUCUUCAUGUGAAUAUAUUCACUUCAAACAAGUGUUUGAAACUGAAAAACUGUGCAGUCGUAGUGUAUCUUCACGGUGGAGAUCUUCUUUUCGAUUCAGCAGUAAUGUUCAACGAUUCAUCGAUUUCGGAAACAUUUCCCAAGAACGAUGUAAUCCUUGUGAUUCCUGGAUUCAGGCUCGGAAUAUUUUCUCAUUUCGCUGUAGAAGAUCAAAGCAUCGCACCCAACAAUAUUGGUCUAUUUGAUAUUCUGAAAUCUCUUGAAUUUACAAAAUCUGAAAUUCACAAUUUUGGAGGAAGCAACAGGAAAGUUACACUUCUCGGGCACUCUUAUGGUGGAACGAUAGUGACGAUGCUGACUUUCAGCACAGAAGUGAACCGAGAUUUGAGUUUGUUCCAAAAAGCCAUUAGCAUGUCUUCACAUCAGUACUUUGAAACACUGCAGUUUCAUAUUCAGAAAACACAAAAGUUUUCUGACCUAGCAGGAUGUUUACCAUCUUCUACUGCAGAAAUGACUCAAAAUCAAAAGGAUAGAUACACGAUGAUCUGCCUUCAAAAUAAAAGUGCCAUUGAACUUUUGAGUUCAAGAUCUCUGGAAGAGACAGGAUACCCAACACUAGGAUCUGUAAUUAUGCGAGAUCCACUGUUUCCUGAUGUAAAGCCAGCUGCAUUCAUGGAUUCACCGAAAAUGAUACCAAUGCUAACAGGUUGCAGUCGGGUUGAGUUCGAUCAUGAACCAGAGCUUCUUCCACUAUCCUCAGUAUUCCAUUUGGAAAAUCCGUUGGAAUGCGAUGAAAAGUAUCGAAAAGAUCUUGCUGAUGGAUCAUUUCAAGGGAAUCAUACUGACAAAACACAAGCGAUUCUAGUUCCAACAAAAAUGAGAGUAAAUAAACUAUUAGAGAAAGGAAUUCCGGUAAGUUCCUUGCUGAAAUUUCAAGGGUUGAUAACAAUUUUACAGACUUAUCUCUAUGAGUACAUGUAUCGAAAACAUGCAAAACAUUCUGAUGAUCUGUACUAUUUGAUGGGUGUUCAUCCAUUUGAAGAAGACGAGAAUGAAGUGCAUUUGAAACAGAUUUAUCAAGAGAUGAUUACGAAUUUUGCAAAGUUUGGAAAUCCUGGAAACAAUUUUGAAAAGGCUGAUUUCACGAAGAACAGUUAUUAUGAUUUGAAUUGGAAUGAGACAAGUGGUCAACGACCCAAAAUGAGCACUGAUUUUGAAAAGAAAACUGUGGAUUAUUGGUUGUCCGAAAUGGUAGAAUACGAUCGAAGUGUAACAGAAGAAAAGAAGAAGAUAUCACCUAAAACCAGAAGUUUCAAUUUGAGUUCAAAUAAUGUUAAUCUAGAUCAAAAGUCUCAUUUUGUAUUGGUUUUGUUUUUAUUAUCUGUUAUUUUUAUGGCCGGUUAUUUGAUCGGGCACUACUGUUCUCAAAGACAACAAGACAUGUAUAUCCAAUUAGAUGGAAAUAACUUUGACUAUCACAAAUAA